UUCCUGUGUAGUACAUUCCAAAAUGGCGACCGGUCUUACUGUAGUUGGUGCAGGUGCUUUGGUUUUUGCUAUCGCUCUACCAGCUUAUGUGCGGAUUAAAGGCGUAGAGCAUGUUAUUAUCAAUCAAAGAUGGAUUUUUGUGUGUCUUUUCCUUCUUCCUUUAUCAGUUUUGUAUGAGAUUUUCCUUUCUGUUCGCAACUGGUUGGCUUUCAAGUACUACAGCAGCCCCGAAAGGCACGCAAAGCGAGUUAGAUACGUGCAAGAGCAGGUCACAAGCUGGAACAAAAAAGGUCGUGUGAAGCCAAUGUGCACAGCAAGACCUGGCUGGAUGACUGUUAGCCUAAGAGUAGGCAAAUACAAGGAGACUCAUGAGAAAAUUCAAGUUAAUUUGAUGGAUGUUCUUGAGGUAGACACUGAACGAUCUGUUGUUAGAGUUGAACCAUUGGUAACGAUGGGUCAGCUGACAGCUACUUUACUUCCACUUGGCUGGACUGUCCCAGUCUUACCUGAACUCGAUGAUCUGACUGUAGGUGGUCUUAUAAUGGGUUGUGGUGUAGAAUCCUCGUCACAUAAGUAUGGGAUGUUUCAGCACACAUGUGUUGCAUAUGACAUUGUUCUUGCCGAUGGGAGCCUUGCUCAUGCAUCCAAGGAAGAAAACACUGAUCUGUUUUACUCUAUUCCCUGGUCACAUGGAACCCUUGGGUUCCUUGUUGCUGCCGAAAUUAAAAUCAUACCUGCUAAGAAAUAUGUCUGCUUGACUUAUCACCCCAUUCAUAGCAAGGAACACCUCAUUGCAACAUUUACAAAAAAGUCUUCAGAGACAAAGGACCAUGACUUUGUUGAAGGGCUGGUUUAUUCAGAGAACGAAGCUGUCGUAAUGACUGGAAAGUUCUGUGAUGAACCAGAGCCAGAUAAGAUCAAUGCUAUUGGACAUUUCUGGAAGCCCUGGUUCUUCAAGCAUGUUGAGCAGUACCUUACAGGCAAACCAACAUUGACUGAGUAUAUACCAUUAAGAGAUUACUACCAUCGCCACACUAGAAGCUUGUUCUGGGAACUGCAGGACAUAGUACCAUUUGGCAACAAUGUCAUAUGGAGGUAUCUAAUGGGCUGGUCAAUGCCUCCAAAGAUCUCUUUACUUAAGCUAACGCAGGGUGAAACAUUACGACGUCUUUAUGAGCAGCACCAUGUGGUACAAGACAUGCUGGUUCCUAUGACAACACUAGACAAGGCUUUAACCUGCUUUCAUGAGGAGUUUCAGCUGUAUCCACUAUGGCUUUGCCCAAUGUACUUGCCUAACACCCCUGGACUAGUCCACUCGCAUGGUGAAGGAGAUGGCAAGAUGUAUGUUGAUGUAGGGGCUUAUGGUACUCCACAUGCUAAUGGCUUUAAAGCCAGGAAUAGCCUAAGAAAUGUUGAAGCAAUUGUUAGGAAAUUACAAGGUUAUCAGAUGUUAUAUGCAGAUUCAUACAUGACCAGGGACGAAUUUCAUCAGAUGUUUGACCACACAUUGUACAACAAGAUGCGCAAAACAUUGAACUGUGAGGAAGCCUUUCCAGAAAUUUAUGAUAAAGUCUCAAGAAGUGCUCGCAUUUAGUUUGUGCUGCAUUGACUGACACAGACUGGAGCUAGCAGCCAAGUUACAAGGCUCUUUGCUGAAUAUUUGUGUACUUUAACCAAAGAUUAAGCGAUCAGCAUAUGAAAAGAAGUAAAUAUUAUUCAUUUGGA